AUGCCAAUUGCCAAAUACCCGAAUAAAGUAUGAUGAGUUACCAUUUAGGCAUUUCGUCUUCAGUUUACACACUUCAUUAGUCAUUAGUUACUUCCACCUCCCAUUUACAGAUAAACGGGAACUUCCCCAUAAUUUCAUCUAACCAAACCUAGCCUUUGCGUAAAUAAAAUCCAAAGAAAGUUGCCAAAUAUUGAAAAAAAAAUGACACUUUCUGACAAUCAAUCUGACAUCAUUUUGUUGGGUCUUGUUUACUAUCUUUGGAUCUUACAAAUAAAAGUCAAAGUUCAAAACUUUAAGGAUUUCUUUUGCUUAUUAAAUUUAGUGAUUGUUGUUUUGUGUGCUAAAAAGAUAUGGAGAACAUCGAGAAGAACAAAAUGGGAGGUGGGAAUUUAGUGUUUGCUGUUAAUGGUGAAAGAUAUGAGAUUUCUGCUAUUCACCCUUCAACCACUUUGAUUCAGUUUUUGCGUACUCAAACUCCUUUUAAAAGUGUUAAGCUUGGUUGUGGAGAAGGUGGUUGUGGGGCUUGUGUUGUGCUACUAUCUAAAUAUGACCCUGUACUCGACAAAGUGGAAGACUAUACAGUUAACUCAUGUCUCACACUUCUUUGUAGUAUACAUGGUUGUUCCAUUACUACCACCGAAGGCCUUGGAAAUCAGAAACAAGGUUUUCAUUCAAUUCAUCAAAGAUUUGAUGGUUUCCAUGCCUCUCAGUGUGGGUAUUGUACACCAGGAAUGUGUGUUUCUCUCUUCUCAGCCCUUGUUAAUGCUGAUAAAAGUGAUGAACCUAAAUCCUCUCCUGGGUUCUCAAAUCUGACGGUUUCCGAGGCAGAAAAAGCCAUAGCCGGGAACCUCUGUAGAUGUACCGGCUAUCGACCUAUUGUCGAUGCUUGCAAAAGCUUUGCCGCAGAUGUGGAUAUCGAGGAUCUAGGAUUCAAUGCCUUUUGGCAAAAGGAAGAGGGAAAGGAUCUUAAGGUUAGUAGGCUACCUGUUUAUGAUCGUAGCUGUCCGAUAUCAACUUUUCCUGAUUUUUUGAAGAACGAAAUAAAGUUUAAUAUGCGAUUAGAUUCCGGAAAAUGUUCUUGGUAUACCCCUUCUAGUAUUGAGGAGCUCCACAAAAAGCUGGAAUGGAGCGAAUCCAACAAUGUUGGUAGCGUCAAAUUAGUCGUUAGUAAUACAAGCACAAGUUAUUAUAAGGAACUAGAAGGAUAUGAUACAUACAUCGAUUUAAGAUACAUUCCCGAGCUAUCUAUGGUUAAAAGAGAUUCUAUGUACAUUAAAAUUGGGGCAGCUAUGUCCAUCGCUAAGGCUAUAGUAGCACUGAAGGAGGGUGGUGAAGACAGAAUGAGCGAAAGUGAGGGAAGUAAAACCGUCUUUAAGAAAAUUGCUGCCCAUUUUGAGAAAAUUGCUUCUGGGUUUAUUAGAAAUUCGGCAAGUAUAGGUGGGAAUUUAGUUAUGGCACAAAGAUGUGGAUUUCCGUCUGACAUUGCUACCGUUCUUCUAGCUGUAGAUUCUAGUGUUGAGAUAAUACGAAGCUCUAAAAGGGAGACUGUCAAAUUGGAGGAGUUUUUGGCAAGGCCUCCGUUAGAUUCAAAAAGUAUUAUUGUGGGUGUCCAAAUUCCGAUUCAGGAAUCUUCAUCGAAUUGCAAACUUAUGUUCGAAACAUAUAGGGCAUCACCUCGCCCGCUUGGGAAUGCAUUACCUUAUCUAAACGCUGCUUUCUUUGCGGAAGUUUCUCCCUGCAAUGUUGACGGGAACAUGAUAAACAAGAUUCAUCUGGCUUUUGGUGCUUAUGGAUCUAAGCAUGAAGUGAGAGCUAAAGAAGUUGAAGUGUUUUUAGGUGGUAGAAAAUUCAAUCGUGAAGUUCUUCGUGAAACAAUGAAUUUAGUUCGAGCUACUGUGGUUCCAAAAGAUGGCACUUCACAUCCUUCAUACCGGACAAGCUUGGCUGAGGCAUUUAUUUUUGAAUUUCUGCAUACUUUGGUCGGAACUGAUUUAGGAUUUUCUCGUUUAGGCUUAGACGGAUGCAUUGUAACAGAGUCUAAAAUGAAAGAAGGCAGUAAGAAAACUCUGUUAUUACCUGCAAAGCACGAAAUUGUGCCCAGCACGGAGUAUCAUCCUGUGGGAAAACCCGUAAACAAAAUUGGAGCUGCUCUUCAGGCAUCUGGUGAGGUCUUAUACGUUGAUGAUAUCCCUUCUCCGAAGGGCUGCCUUCAUGGAGCAUUCAUAUGUAGUACAAAGCCUUUGGCAGGGGUAAAAUGUGUGAGAUAUGAGUCUGAUUCAUUUCCGGAUGGAGUAGUUUCUGUUCUUUCCUAUAAAGAUAUCCCUGGACAGAAUGUCGGAGCACAGACAAUUUUCGGGGAAGAUAUGUUAUUUGCUGAUGAUAUCACGAGGUUUGCUGGUGAACGUAUAGCACUAGUGGUUGCAGAUACACAGAAGCAUGCUGAAUUAGCAGCGACUAAAGCAAUCGUUGACUAUGAAGUAGAAAACUUAGAACCGCCGAUUUUAACAGUCGAAGAUGCAGUUGAGAGGUCUAGCUUUUUUGAAAUUCCGCCGUUUCUUUACCCAAAACCCGUUGGUGACUUUGCCAAGGGAAUGGCUGAAGCUGAUCGUAAAAUUCUUUCAGCCGAGAUUCGACUCCCAUCACAGUACUAUUUCUACAUGGAAACUCAAACUGCUCUAGCUAUUCCAGACGAAGAUAACUGCAUGGUGGUUUAUAGUUCUACUCAAGCUCCAGAAACUGCGCAUUCUGUAAUUGCAAAAUGUCUUGGAGUUCCCGAACAUAAUGUUCGUGUCAUCACAAGAAGGGUAGGCGGCGGGUUUGGAGGAAAGGCAAUAAAAGCUAUGCCUGUUGCAGCAGCUUGUGCACUAGCCGCACACAAGCUUCGUCGUCCUGUGAGGAUGUAUCUCGAUCGAAAGACUGAUAUGAUACUGGCCGGAGGACGACAUCCAAUGAAGAUAAAUUAUAGUGUGGGAUUCAAAUUAGACGGGAAGAUCACAGCUUUACAUCUCGACCUUUUAAUUAAUGCGGGUAUAUCAGAAGACAUUAGCCCAAUCAUUCCAUCAAACCUAAUGAAUUCAUUUAAGAAGUAUAACUGGGGUGCUCUAUCCUUUGAUAUUAAAUUAUGCAAAACAAAUCUUACGAGUAAGUCGGCAAUGCGAGGUCCUGGAGAAGUACAGGGUUCGUUUAUCGCUGAAGCUGUGAUUGAACAUAUAGCUUCAGCCCUUUCAGUGGAUGUUGAUGUUGUUCGAGCCAAAAAUUUUCACACAUACAAUAGCUUAGCCUUGUUCUAUCAACAUUCUGCUGGAGAACCGGGUGAAUAUACUUUACCGUUACUUUGGGAUAAACUAUAUUCAUCCUCAAGCUUUGAACCGAGAAAAGAGAUGAUCAAACAGUUUAACUCUACUCAUAAAUGGUGUAAAAGGGGCAUUUCCCGGUUACCCAUUGUGCAUGGUGUUUUACAAAGACCAACCCCGGGUAAAGUCAGCAUACUUUCCGAUGGAUCGAUUUCCGUGGAAGUAGGAGGGAUUGAACUUGGUCAGGGUCUUUGGACCAAAGUACAACAGAUGACUGCAUAUGGUCUGAGUUUGAUCAAGUGUGCUGGAAGUGAUCGACUUUUAGAUAAAGUACGGGUAAUACAAGCGGAUACUCUAAGCGUGAUACAAGGAGGAUAUACUGCUGGAAGCACGACUUCUGAGUCUAGCUGCGAAGCUGUAAGGAUUUGCUGCAAUACACUGGUUGAAAGAUUGAUCCCCCUCAAGGAAAAAUUGCAAGAACAAAUGGGUUCUAUAACUUGGGAGACGCUGAUUAAGCAGGCUGGAUUUAAAGCAGUGAAUUUGUCAGCCAGCAACUAUUUCGUGCCAGAGUUUGCUUCCAUGCAAUAUCUAAACUACGGUGUUGCUGUUAGUGAGGUAGAAGUGAAUCUUCUUACAGGAGAAACUGCUAUAUUGCGGUCCGACAUCAUUUAUGACUGUGGACAGAGUCUAAAUCCUGCUGUUGAUUUGGGACAGAUUGAAGGGGCUUUUGUUCAAGGUAUCGGAUUCUUCAUGUUGGAAGAGUAUUCAACAGAUCCUAACGGCGUAGUGGUUUCCGAUAGCACAUGGACAUAUAAGAUACCAACGAUUGAUACUAUCCCGCGACAACUCAAUGUUGAAAUCAUGAACAGUGGACAUCAUGAGAAGCGCAUUCUUUCCUCUAAAGCGUCUGGAGAGCCACCGUUGUUGCUAGCUGCAUCAGUACACUGCGCAACAAGAGCAGCAAUUAAGGAAGCCAGGAGACAGCUUGCGUCCUGGGGUGGCUUGGACGGCCAUGACUGUGAUUCGCCGUUCCAUUUAAGCGUUCCUGCCACGAUGCCUGUGGUCAAGGAGCUCUGUGGCCUCGACAUUAUCGAGAGGUACUUGAACAGUUCACUUGCCAACGGAAGUACAGCUAAUUGUAAGGCAUAGCCUCUUUUUCCUCCCAAAAAAAUAUUUCAUUGACGGAAUUUCUCGAAGAUAAAACAGACACCGGUCACUAAAUAAUACUUCACCGUUUCAUUCAACUUGCUACAGUUAAAUUCUCGAGGCGAGAACUUAUAGCAGUUGUAGCAAAAUGAAUGUGACGAAGGGGUAUUCUGCAGCGAGUGCAUAAAGGAAGAAUAAAGUUUAUAAAUGAUUUAUAUAUCUGUACUAUAGCUCUUAAGGCAUAAAGUUUGCAGAGUACAUAUCUGCAACAAAAUCUGUAGUUCGAUCAUCGAUGCAGUUUAUUCUGUUGACGGUACAAUCUGAAUGUGUUUUUUCAUUUUUUUUAACUUAGUAAAUUUUUAUUUUGAUACUUGUUAAAAAAAACAGCCAUAUUUUGUGCUUGGGCUAUUUCUUUUUCCUUGUAAUUAAGUAAAAUUUGUAAUAAAAAAGUAUAUAUUUGGGCCAGGGAA